AUGAGCGACGGGGACGAAGCCGUUAGACGCCGUACCGCUGCGGUGACCGAGUAUCGGAAGAAGCUUCUCCAACAUAAGGAGCUCGAGGCCCGUGUUCGAACAGCUAGAGAGAACUUAAGAGCAUCUAAAAAGGAAUUCAACAAAACCGAGGAUGAUCUGAAGUCUCUUCAAAGUGUUGGUCAGAUCAUUGGAGAAGUGCUUCGACCACUUGAUAAUGAACGAUUGAUUGUCAAAGCAAGCAGCGGUCCUCGGUAUGUGGUGGGCUGCCGUAGCAAAGUGGACAAGGAGAAGCUGACCUCGGGAACUCGAGUUGUUCUGGAUAUGACAACACUAACAAUAAUGCGAGCCCUUCCUCGAGAAGUUGAUCCUGUUGUUUAUAACAUGCUGCAUGAAGACCCAGGCAACAUUAGCUACUCCGCAGUGGGCGGGUUAGGUGAUCAGAUCAGAGAGCUCAGGGAAUCUAUUGAGCUACCUCUCAUGAAUCCCGAACUUUUCCUUAGAGUAGGGAUUAAACCCCCAAAGGGUGUCCUUUUGUAUGGACCUCCCGGUACUGGAAAAACUCUACUAGCUAGGGCUAUCGCCAGCAACAUCGAUGCCAACUUUUUGAAGGUUGUAUCUAGUGCAAUCAUUGACAAAUACAUUGGAGAAAGUGCUAGGCUGAUUCGGGAGAUGUUUAACUAUGCCCGUGACCACCAACCUUGUAUCAUUUUCAUGGAUGAAAUCGAUGCUAUUGGUGGGCGUCGUUUUAGUGAGGGAACAAGCGCUGACCGUGAAAUUCAAAGAACACUCAUGGAGUUGCUCAAUCAGCUUGAUGGGUUUGACAACCUUGGAAAGGUAAAAAUGAUUAUGGCCACGAACAGACCUGAUGUGCUUGAUCCUGCACUUCUCCGUCCGGGUAGAUUAGAUAGAAAGAUUGAGAUCCCUUUGCCAAACGAGCAAUCAAGAAUGGAUAUCCUCAAGAUCCAUGCAGCUGGGAUCGCCAAACAUGGUGAAAUUGAUUACGAGGCUAUAGUCAAACUUGGAGAGGGUUUCAAUGGUGCUGAUCUGCGUAACAUAUGCACUGAGGCUGGAAUGUUUGCAAUCCGAGCAGAGCGGGAUUACGUGAUCCAUGAAGAUUUCAUGAAGGCGGUGAGAAAGCUGAGCGAGGCCAAGAAACUCGAGUCGAGUUCACACUAUAACACUGAUUUUGGAAAAGAAUGA